UCCUUUUUGCUGUAUUGAAUAUAAUACCAAGAGAGGUUCUGUUGAAAUCAUCAUUUAUCCACAAACAUCUGUAAAUCGCAGUUUCCUGCAAAUCAAUCUGUUGUAAAAAAAAUACUUUUUGACCCGCGACAUAGUUCCUUCUGCCCUAGCGUCCGCCCACCGCUACGCUCCUUCUCUCGCGAAGACCCCUGCACCUCUUCUUCCUCAACCAAAAAAAGACCGAAACCAGAUAUAGUUGUGAACAAGAAAAUGUCGAAUAAUUUUGAGCAGGCUAGGAAGGAAUUUACUGAAUUUCAGGAGAAGGUGAAGAGGUCCGUGCUCCUUUCCAAUCUUUCUCCUGAGGUUACAGCAGCUGUGUUAAAAAUGGCUCUUGAACAAUUUGGGAAUGUUGUCAAUGUAGAGUUCAUUCCAAACUUGACAAUCCCUUAUGACAUGCCGCAAUGUGCUUUGGUAGAAAUGGAGGACUCUGAGAAGGCAAUUAAAGUUGUCAAAACAAUGAAGGACUUCCCUUUCAUGAUUUCAGGGAUGCCUCGUCCUGUCAGUGCUUAUGCUGCAAAAGCUGAGAUGUUUUCUGAUCGCCCAGCUCAGCCUGGUAGGAAGAUAAACUUCCGCUGGGUUGACAAGUCUAGUCCUGACUUUGAGGUCGGUGAGAGGCUUAAGAGGUUAUGCAGUAGGCAUGGCAAAGAAUCUCUAGCGCUGGUUCAGCUCCAACUGGAAGAAGAAGAGAAGCUUGGGAAGCAGCAGGAGGAUAUGGUAACGUCCAACUACAAAAAGCAUGAGAUGAUAGAACUAUUAUUGCUUGAUGGCAUUGCGGCAAAGUUAGCACAUCGUUAUGGGAUUGAUUUAUCUGAGGAGUUAAUAUAACACAUCGCUGUGAAAGGCAUACAAACUGUAAAGUUGCAGCUCAAGGUUGUAAAUAUGCCACCUUGACGAGGAUAUUUAGUUCUAUGUUUUGGC